GGCUGUUGGUUAAGUCAUCAAGUACAGUAUAGUGAAUGAUACAUGACAUGCAAUAUGCAAUUAGUUUUAUCUUUGUUAAUAUUGUACUAAACUAAAUCUCAAUUUAGAGUGGUUGUGGAGAAAUAUGGUAAGUGAAAUUUUUGGCCAGAGAAGGAAGAAACAGCCUGCCAAAAAUUGGCCUGAGAAAAAAUGAUAUGGCUUGUUAAAAUCUGGCAGGCCUGCCAAAAUGUCUAGGUUAAAAAAAUCCUUAUUUCAUGCACUGCACUGCCUUUGGAUUUGCCAUGGAAUAUUACAACACUCAUGCUAUCCAAUAAUAGCAUAUCAAAUUUGACUGAUGGCCAGCUUGGACAGACUUACGGAAAUUUGAAAGUGUUAGAUAUAAGUUUUAACAAAAUAGUUGUUUUUGGAAAACAUAUCUUUGAUGGCCUUUGUAAUUUACAGGAUCUAAGGAUGGGUCAUAAUCCAUAUAAACCACACCUGUUUCACCCACUCGUUUACAAACCACUAAAGAAUAUUCGCAAUAUUCAUGUGGCAUAUUAUGGGGAUGAAUCAAAUGGGCGACCAGGCUCAAGAAUAGCUUUGCUUGAUGCAUUUGAAGGGCUACAGAACUCUACGAUAGAAAGUAUUACAUAUCAACAUAUAACAGUUAUGCCAUUUUUGUUAAAGAGCAAGCACAUGAAAUUUCUUGAACAUUGCAAUUUGAAGAGAUUUAGUCUUCCUGAUAAUAGAAUCUAUGCGUUGGAGUCUCCAGGACUAAAAUAUAUGCCAAAAUUAGAAAUACUGGAUUUGUCAAAUAAUAGUAUUCAAGGCUCAAUACCUGCUCAUGGAGUGUUUAUAGAAAUUUAUAUUAUGAUGAUACAUCUGCGGGUGAUAAAAUUAGAACAUAACAUUCCGGGAAUGGUAUUUGAUAUGAACAAUCCAACUGUAGCAAUAUCAGAAGAUUUAAGUGAAAGAGAAUGGCAUGUUCCUAUAGCACUUGAAGAGCUGUACCUCACAGGGAGCAGAGUGGACAUAGCACCUUCUCAUUUACCAUAUGGAAUAAAGUUACAACGUGAAAAUCGGAUUAAGAUCAUAGAAGCCUCUGCUAGUUUUAUUAUAACAUACAUUGGUAAGCCAAUCAAAGGCCUGGUUAAUUUGGAAAGAUUUAUAUUUAAUGACAAUAACUGCAUUAUUGUACCUGAAUUUUUUACAUGUGAGACUGGAUAUUUUGAAAGUUUGAAAGUUCUUGACAUUGCCAACAACAGAGUAAAACUUUCUUCUAACUCCUCUG